AGGCUCUAGUGAGGCUGCGCCCACGUUUGUCUGACUCCACGCUUCGGCGUCGCGGCCAUGUCGCAACCCAACAAGAACGAGCGCAAGCGUCUGCUGCGCUUGAGCUGCCCCGUGGUGGCAGCCAAGCGCGCCGCCUCCGAGACGAAGGCGAGCCUCGAGGAGGAGGCUCCUGACGCAGCUCCUGACGCUGCCGGAAGCUCCAAGGGCAACAGCACAAAGCAGCCGGAGGGCAACGGCAAGGGGAGGGUCUGCGGCAAGGGCAAGGGGAAGCUCUGGGGCAACGGCAAGGGCCAGCCAAAGGGCAAAGGGGACGGGAACGCUCCGAGGGUUGCCCCCGCCGCGGCGCCGCCCGGCGCUGUGGAAGAGGCGACGAAGAACGCCGCGGAGCGCCGGGUUGGUCUGUUCGAGGAAACCAAGACUUGGACGAAGUUCGGGGAGCCCAAGGCGAAGGCGGUGGUCGCGUGGUCGCUCGACGCCUCGGAGUCCGUUGGGGCUCUCGUGGACGCGGCCCGGGACAAAAAACACAAGUGGUUCUCCGCGGACGUGCCUGUCAGCGUGGGCGUGCAGAAAGCCUUGGACAAGUACUUGGAGACGCAGCGCACGGCGAAGCAUCUUGCCGUUGUGACAUUCAGGUGCACGUUGCAGCAGCAGCAGUGGGUCUGGACCGAGGGCGGCGUGUCUGAGUGGCAGACGCCCCGGUGGGUGUGCGUCUUGCUCGAUGUCCGCGCGCCGUAGUGCGUAGUGCGCCAUCCGCUGCCCGAGGCCCGACGGCCUCCGUGUCGCGUUUGAAAGCGAUGCCUGACGAAACCAAGAA